AAAAAGGCGCUGAUAAUCUUCCCCUCUGCCGCCAUGUUUUCAUUUUUUUUUUUUUUUUUCUCUCUCGAUCACUCGCCGCCUUUUCGCUGGCUUCUGUUUCCCUUCUCCUCGCCUCGCCCGCGCAUUUUCGGACCCGGACCAGAAGAAGGCGACGAACUAUAUAGAAGCAUAUAUAUAGAUAUAUAGACAUAUAUAUAUAUUCGUAAAGACAUCCGCUUCCUUUCUCGAUGCGGAAUUUAUCACAGGCUAUAUCGUUGCUAGCCGCGUGGGACAUCAGCGUCCAAGGAUAAAAUCCAUACAUAUAUCAGAAUAAUUUCUUCGCAAAUGUCCUCCGCAAACGAAUCACCGCCUAUCUCGGUUGAUUCUGAGUGCGAUACCAGUGGUGACCAGAUCUAUGGUGAUGACCUCUCGUCGUUCGUGCAAUCCUUAGCUUCGACUGUUAUCACAGAGACUUAUGAAAAUGAUACCAUUCUUUUAGAGAAGGCUAAGGAGAGUAACCGACUUGAUAUCGUUCAUUAUAUGAUGGUCACGCUCUGCGAUGAAAAGCUUCACCUUGCACCCAUUGGACCGAGUCCCCAGAAUAUCCUCGAUAUUGGAGCUGGGACGGGCAUUUGGUGCUGUGAAAUGGGUGAUGAAUAUCCUUCUGCACAGAUAUUAGGCGUGGACUUGAGCGCAAUACGAAACACAAUGCACGCCACCCCAGAAAACGUGAGAUUCGAAAUCGACGACAUAGAAAGCGAGUGGGCAUUUAUCGACUCGUUCGACUACAUCCAUUGCCGCUACAUGUACGCUGCAAUACGAGAUUGGCCACGGCUGGUUGAAAGAUGUUUUGAGCACCUGACACCUGGCGGCUGGGCGGAAUUCCAAGACUUCGAUGUUCAUUGGUAUUCCGAUGACGGAUCGUACGAUCCCAAGUCAGCCCUCGGUCGAUGGUUCAGCCUGUUCUAUGAAGCUGCCCGCCAGCAUGGCCGGGAGCUGGCGCCCGGGCCUAGACUUGAAGGGCUGGUCCGCGGCGCUGGUUUCACGGAUGUGGUUGUUAAGAAGAUGCGGGUUCCUGUUGGAAGGUGGCCGAAAGAUCCGAAAUUGGUGCGUAUCCGUCCUUUAUCAUCAUUAUAUUUCAGUAUUUCAUUUAUUUGCUUGUUUAUUUUUGUUUCCCUCCCACCAGACCUGUGUAAUUAGAGAAACAAUGGGAAGAAGGGGCUGAGUUGACUAAAACGGUCGGGACCUGGAACCUCCUCCAAGUCAUCGAGGGCAUGGAAGGAUUUUCUUUGGCCCUCUUCUCACGCGUAUUGGGAUGGUCUCCUGAUGCCAUCCAAGCCUUCGUCUCUGAGGUGGUGAAGGACCUCCGCAAUCCAAAAAUGCACGCACAGUUCGAUCUAUACAUUGCCUACGGCCGUAAACCUGAAUCGAGCACAUGAUAUGCAUCCAACACGGGGACGGUUGGAAACAAAUUCUAAGCCGUUGAGAAUGUUUAAAUGGAAGGCGAAUCCCAAAUCUACGAAUUUGAAAAAGCAAAAAGGAAAAAGAAAAAAGAAAAAAAAAAACAUUGACGAUCUCAACUAUCUUGAAACAUGCGACUUCCGGUCGAUUUCUUCUAUCCAGUUCGAGUUUCUGGAAGGAGGAAGGCCGAAGGAAGUGGGAAUGGGUGGCUUAUUCUCCAAUUACAUAGGGAAAAUGGAAAAGAAAAAAAAAAGAAAAAAAAAUUGUUUGAGAAACGGGGAGUAAUUAAGAACAAGCACAUAUGCAUACAUACAUACGUACAUAUAUAUAUAUAUAUAUAUAUAAGCCUUAGCGCAAUAUACAUAUAUGGGAA